AUGGGUCUUACUCCCCUCAAGGAAGCCGAACUCCCUAGGCUAGGGUGGAUUGGCCUACAACGACAGGACACAUAUGCCGCUUAUGCGCUGAACCUGCGCCUCACUGACGAUAACGGCGUAGAGCGCUGGACUAACGCUACUGUUUAUCUACUAGGAACGCUUCUAUUGAGUGGCGCAGAGUUAGAACUAGAGGCGCGCGUGUACUAUGUAAACGCAGCGCAGGAGGUUCGCAUCCUGUAUGAACUAUUAGAAUAUGCGGAUGUCUUUGACAACCGCAACGCAGAGAUCCUGCUACAAUACAAAAGUUUAGACUAUGCAAUCCCUAUUGUAGAAGGCAAAGAGCCGCUUUACGGUCUGCUCUACACCCUCUCUUUACGUAAGCUACAACUGCUCCGCGAAUACAUCGAAGAAGCCCUACGGCGAGGUUGGAUCUGA